CGCGAGCCCCGCGCUGCCUUCAGCUUCCUGCUGGGUCGGCUGGGCCGGGCCCGCCACGCGCGGGGCAGGAACGCUUUCACUUUUCUUUCCUCCGAAGCCUGGCCCCUUACCGUGUGUGUCGGCGCCCGGACUUCCUGUUCUGCCCGCGGGCAUCUCUCUGUAAUUCCCCCGGCCUCCCGGGAGUGAUCUCGGGCCGAUCCCUCGAACCUGGAAAGGGGCAGGAACAAAUUCCGCGUCCAGGAUGUUCACUGUGACCAGGGCCUUGGAAGAGGCUCUUUUUCAGCACUUCAUCUACCAGAAGAUGGAGAUCGCCUAUGCUAUACACAAGCCAUUUCCCUUCUUCGAAAGCCUCCGAGACAAAUCUUUCAUCACCAACAGAAUGUACAAGGAAUCUCUGGAAGCCUGUAGUAAUUUGGUCCCUGUAUCCAGAGUGGUGCACAACGUUCUCACCAAACUGGAGAAGACUUUUAGCCUGUCUCUUCUGGUGACACUGUUCAGCGAAAUUAACCUGCAUGAAUACCCCCGUCUGAAGACGAUUUUCAAAAGCUUCAAAAGUGUUACCACUUCCUAUGGACAGUGGAGCAGAGCCACACCAACCCUACUGGAAGUCCCAGCCGGCCCAGCCCAAGGGCACUCCCUCCAGACCCUGCCACUGCUGCCCCCACCGCCACCCGCUCCACACAGCUGUCCGCUCCGUGUGUCCAAAGGCAGUGAGCCUGGAGCAUCCUCGCAGCAAAGCAAUGAGAUCCCGGGCGAACCACCCAGCUCUUCUGACCCUGCCGUGUCUCUCCCUGGACUCAUCCAGGAAGGAAGGAGAACUGCAGUGACCAAGGACAACUUACCCAAAAUGAAAGAAGAAGAAAACUCACACGAGAUGCCCAGCGCUCCCCGUCACACUGUGCAAGUGUCUAGUGACAACCUGACCCCCCAAAUAAAAGAUGAAGAAGACCCUCAGGAGAUGCCCUGGACUCCCUCAUGUCCUACACCAGUGAUAAGAGAUAAAUCUCUGGAACCAAAUGACCCAAAAGAGCCCCAGGAGGUAUCCAUCAGACCUUCAAACAAGAAAGGAAAUAAAAGAAAAAGAUGUAUCUGGGAACCUCGAAAAAGGAGACAUCAGAAAAAAAGGCUCCCAAGAGGGACAGCCUCACCUGGGCAGGACACUCAAGAAAAGCUCCAAGUGGUGGAUCAGAUGGCUCAAAGGAAGGAUGACUCAACCUGCAACUUGAAGGUAGUGACAACGACCCAAAAGACAAGAACUGAAUGUGCCCAAACGUCCAGAUCAAAGGAGAUCAGUGGUGGCCCUUCAGAAAUGAAUACAGGAAAGAAGUCCCAGGAGACGCCUAGCACACCACCAAGGGUCACACAAGAUCCUAUGGAUAAUGGAAAUAAACUCUCUUUGGGAAAAUCUUCCAGGAAAAAACCUAAGUGUAAAGAAGGGGCAACUUCACCUGGGAAUGACAUCCAAGAAGAGCUCCCAGUGGUGGGUCAGGUGACUCAAAGGAAGACGGACGACUCAACCUGCAACUCAAAGAUGAUGACAAGGGCUCAAAGGGCAAGAUCAAAGGAGAAACCUAAGGAUGACACUGUGGAUUUUCAGUGUCCUACACUUCCUGUGACUUGUGGUAAAGAGAAGGGGAUUUUACAUGUGGAGAGAAUGAAACUCGGACCCUCAGAGAAGUGCAUUCAGAAUGAGGAGGGAGUUUGGCUCACGGCAAAAGAAUUUGAAAUUAAAGGAAAAGGGAGAAGCACAAAGGACUGGAAGCGGAGUGUGUGCUGCGGAAGAAAGAGCCUAAGAGAGAUGCUGAAGGAGAUCUCAAGAGAGAGGCAAAUAGCAGAUGAAUUCCCACCACCACGUUCUCCGUCGCCAUGCUGCAGCCGCCCCACGUCUGAAGGCUCGCCUCAGACUCCCUGAGUUCCCAGCGCCAAGUCAUCCUCACGUUUGGGAAUGGCAUUUUCUUAACGACCGCUUUCGCAUACUGUUACCUUUACAUGCCACCAUUAUUGCCAUAGUUAACUUAGGAUGGGGAAGCAAAUGACUCUUUAAAAUAAAAAUUAGAACAAAAGCUAAUGAUGUCCAUGUGUUUUAGGGAAAGAUUAUGGAUAUUUGGAUGACUACAAAGCAAAGGUGUCAGAAGUAGAAUGGUCUAGUGUGAAAAGCAAAUACAGUAUUGAAGGACAAGGGGAUCCUUCUUGAUUGAAGGCCAAGUAUUGCUCAAUGCCAUGCGCUUGUUAUUAGUAGCACCAGGAUGGAAUGACAGGUUUGAACUGAACUUUGUCUCUGCAGAGCCUCCCUGCAGGUAAAAGCCGCAGGCAUCCACCGGCUGCACGGAGUCCUCCCCCUCAACCUUCACACAUUCUUCAGACAUGAGUUCCACGCGUGAGCUUCCCCUUAGCUGGGAACUUCCAGGAGAGGCACUGGGGCUUCUCCCACUUGGCCCUGGAGACCGGCCUGAUGCUUGGCUGGAUUCAUUCAAUGUUUAAGACAGUGGUCCCCAAUGCCAUCUAUUAUAAAAUCAUGUUUUCCAUGCUGAUUUGAAAUACCGUAGGAAUCAGGGAUGCUCAGUGUAAUAUUGUAACAGAAAAAAAAAAUGGGAAAGAAUGCAAAUUCCAUCAAUAUUGUAAAAUAAACUGAUACAUCUACAGAAUGGCAUUUUUUUAAUACAUGAAUUCCUAAGUAUGGACUCAUCAUUCAAUCAAUGGACACCACCAAAAGACCUUCAAGGUCAUGGGAACUUCAGGAAGCUUGCACUGGUUGUAACAUGUUUAGAAGGAGCCCAAUUCUAUUUAUGUGAAUAUGUAGGUCUAUGACUGAAAAAAAUAUCUAAAAGAAUUAACUGUGGUUAUUCUGAGAUGAGAUUACACCAAUAUUUUCCUUCUGUAUUAUACAUUUAUGUACAGUUAUAAUUUUUGACUCUC